UGGGCACUCGGUCAUAACUGGGAUUGAGGACAGUUCUUGGAAAAUAGUAUUUUUUGGAAAAGACUGGACACCCUGUAUCUUACUUUUUUACAAGCAUCUCUCAUUCACUGUAACUCACACAGGAUUUCACAUGUGAAACUCAGCACAUUAAGAUUCACUGUCAAGGUUUCCUUCAGUGAAAAAGUUCUUUAUAGGCUGUGAAACUUUGCGAACCUACGGAAUGGAAAAUUUUACAAGUGACCCCAUGGGACUCAAGCUCAGAUGUAACAUGACUGGGAACCACAAUUUCAUCUUCACGUUAAUUCCAGUGGUGUACAGCUUCAACUUUAUUAUUGGAAUAGUAGGAAACAGCAUGAUAGUCGCUGUCAUCUGCUUCUGUCUGAAAAUCAAGACAGUUGCCAACAUAUUUGUUUUGAAUUUAGCAAUCUCAGACUUGACUUUUCUCCUCACCCUGCCAAUUUGGGCUAUAUAUACUGCGUCAGGCUACCAGUGGCCUUUUGGAAACUUCUUGUGUAAAGCUAUUGCCGGUAUGGCACUUUUUAAUCUAUAUACUAGCAUUUUUUUCCUGACUGUUCUCAGCAUUGACCGCUACCUGGCCAUAGUUCACCCGGUUCAGUCCCGACAGUGCCGUACAGUGGUCUAUGCCCAGGUGACAUGUGUCUUAGUUUGGGUAGUGGCUUUGUUUCUAAGCCUGCCCACUGCCACUAUACGUGGAACACACUUAAUCCAGAACAAUAAUGCUACUGUAUGCGCCAUCCUGGACAAAGAAAAUCUUCGCAAUGUGUUGGCUGCUCUGAGCCUGAUGAAGAGCGUACUUGGGUUUCUUCUGCCGAUCACCAUCAUCCUUACGUGCUACUGUCUGAUAGGUCGGACUCUGCUCAAAGCGAGAGACAUUCAGAGGAACUCAAAGUCAAACAGGGAUGAAGUGUUGAGCAUGCUGGCUGCUGCAGUGUUGUCGUUUUUUCUCUGCUGGACACCUCAUCAGAUCUUCAACUUUAUGGAGAUGCUAAUCACCAUUAAAGUGAUCACCAACUGUGAUAUCGUUGAGAUCAUUGAUACUGCGAUGCCUUUCUCCAUAUGUAUUGCCUUUUUCAACAGCUGUAUGAACCCCAUCCUUUUUAGUUUUGUUGGGAAGAACUUCCGCAGGAACUUGCUGAAGCUGCUGAGAUGUUCUUCAACGCCUCUUGCCUCUCAUCCCACCCUCAGCACCAAGAUGAGCUCUCUCUCAUAUCGAGGCUCAGAGUCAUUUCAUAUCUCUGAUGUUAAAACUUCCUCACUAGCUUGAAAGCAAACAUUAAUCACUUAACGGAUGGCUCAAGUAAAAUGUUACUCCUCCUGCCAUGUAUGACUGUUAAUGGAAACAUAAUAUUGUGAUUUGUUGUUCUGCUGUCUUACAUUUUUGCAGUACAUUUAAGCAUAAUGAAUGCACUUAUCGUUAACACUGCACUAAGGUUACAUUAACAAACUAUCUUAUGAACAGCUAUUGAAAAAUACUUAUACAUUGUUUAGAUAUUCUUAGUUUAUGUUCGUUACAACAAAUACUAAUACAUUUUUCAAAAGGUAUCUGUUGACAUUUAUGAAAAGUCACUGUGCAUUUGAUUUAACAUUUGUGAUCCUGCCUGUGAAAAAGUAUUUUUUUAGAUUUACUGUUUUCUACCUGAAAUCAUCAUACAAUAUGUAAAUAUCUUUAAGACUGGCAAUUCAACAAUGUUGGCAUUUUAAAUGCAGCUGAGCUACUAAUACCUUUUAGAAUACUGUGUGCUUGAAAAGUCUGAAUUCACAACAAACAUUUAAAGGGCACACUUCACAAUACUUUUUUAAAAUGUCAAAUAAAUAUUUUGUGUCCGCAGAGUGUGUAAAGUUCUAGCUCAAAAUACCAUAUAGAUAAUUUAUCAUAGCAAGUUAAAAUUGCCACUUUGUAGGUGUGAGCAAAAAUGUGCCAUUAUUGGCUGUGUCCUUAGAAAUGCAAAUGAGCUGAUCUCUGCACUAUACGGCAGUGCUGUGGUUGGAUAGUGCAGAUUAAGGGGCGGUAUUAUACCCUUUUGACAUCACAAGCUGAGCUAAAUUUCAAUGAUCUACUUUUCACAUGCUUGCAGAGAAUGGUUUACCAAAAGUAAGUUACUGGGUUGAAUUUUUAAAUAUUUUUAGGUUGAUAGAAACACUGAGUACUUAAACAUGGAAAAAGUCUGAUUUUAAUGAUAUGUCCCCUUUAAUUAUUGAAAUAUUAUGUAGAUUAUAAAAUGUUUUUAUAUAAAUACCAUUGCAAAUGAGAGUAGAGAGUGUUAUUUGUUUUUUUCUUACUUUGUUCACUAUUCACUGGAUGGGUUGAGGUCACAUCCAAGUAUGGGUUACCAUACAUUGGCAAAUACUCACUUCACUUUCACUUUCACUUCAGUAGAAAAUAUUAGAAAUUAAAAGAAAUAAGAAAUAUUAAAUCUAAUCAGUUCAAAGUACAUUUUGUGCAUUUUUACAAAUUUAUUUUUCAUGAUUUCAAGUUAUUGUACAAUGUACAGACAACCUUUUAAGACUCUAUUGACUUCCAUAGUAGGAAAAAAGAAUACUAUGGAAGUGAAUGGGGCUCAUGAUCGAUUUGGUUUCAAACAUUCCUAAAAAUAUUUUCCUUUGUGGUCAUCAGAACAAAGACAUUUAUACAGGUUUGUAACAAUAUGAGAGUGGGUAAAUGAUGCCAGAAUUUUCAUGUUUGGGGGGAUCUACACUGUGUCUAAUAGUUUCAUUGAUUACACUGUGGUAUAGUCUUAUUGCAUGACGCUUAAGUACUGACAUUGUUAGCGCUGUCAUACAAGUGAUACAAGUUAUUGAUUUUUUUCACCACUUAAAGAAGCCCCGAAGGGGCUCUGUAAUAGCUUGUAAAUGUUGAUUAUUAUGAUCAUUUAAUUUUUAACACAUGCCCUUUUUAAGUUAUUUAGCUGGAAAAAUGCAUACAGUUGUUAA